AUGUAGAAUACGUAUACAUACAAAGUUGGCAUGACUUGCUCAGGAUGCUCUAGUGCUAUUGAACGAAUUCUUAAAAAGACAGAAGGAGUGUCUAGCUACGAUAUUUGUAUAGAUACUCAAAUUGUGCAGGUCAAGACCACUCGAAGCCAGCAGGAAAUCUUUGAUAUCAUCAAAAAAUCUGGCAAGCCAGUUGAAAUUCAAUAAAGCCUGAAUUCAGCAUGGUCUGAGAA